CAGUGUGGACCGAACGAAGUCUACAAGUAUUGCGGGAGUGCGUGUCCAAAGGUUUGUGGAAAGAACGACUUCGAGCCAUGUCCAACCAUCUGCGUGCAAGGAUGUUUCUGCAAGCAGGGUUAUAUUCUUAAUCGAAAAGGUGGCCAAUGUAUUCGUGAAAGUCACUGCAGAGGCCACGUCUAUCCAAAACAGAAGCAUUUACAUCGAUGCGGUCCAAACGAAAUUUACAGUAGAUGCGGGACGCAAUGUCCAGCGAUUUGUGGUCAAAGGGAACCUGAAGUUUGCACACUGGCUUGUGUGGCCGGAUGUUUUUGCAAGUCCGGUUAUAUUCUUGACCGAAUGAACGGAAAAUGUAUUCGUCAUGCUGACUGCCGAGCAGGUCAGCUCAAAUCGACUGCUAAUUGA